GAACAGUUGGUUAUGGUUUGAUUGUUUGGAACUUUUUUGUGUGUGUGGUAUUAGUAUAUAUAGGCAUUAGGCACUGAAGGGAUGAAGCGGGUGUGCGAACUGGGUGCCGAUAGAAUCACCAACCUUCCUGUUGAUGUCAUACACCGAAUUCUGGUGUUGCUAACCACCAAAGAUGCUGCCAAAAUGGCAACAUUGUCUACAAAGUGGAGGGGCCAUUGGAGAACUAUUCCUCAACUUCAGUUUGCAUUCUAUGAGAACGUUCUGAAAAAGGAUCGAUCUAGAUCGAAUGAGAUAGCAACCAAGUUGAUUUCAAACAUUCACAAAGUGCUGCUAGUUCAUGAUGGUCCAAUAGCAAAGUUCCAGCUCUCCGUUGAUGGGUUGAUGUCCUGUGAUGGGAUUGAUCAAAUCAUUUAUUAUCUGUCUAACAGAGGUCUCCAGGAACUCGCCCUAGACUUUUCUGCUAGCUGCAUUUACAAGUUGCAUUCUUCCCUGUUUAAUUCUCUUUACUUGAACAGCCUGAGUCUUUCGUUUUGUGAAUUUAGACAACCACCAUGGGUUGUGGGUUUUAGUAAGCUUACCUGUCUUUCUUUGGCACAAGUAACCCUAUCCUCUGAUUUCUUUGAGAGCUUCCUCCUCAAGUGCCCCAUGGUUCAAAAUUUGUCGCUCACUAGUUGUGAAGGUCCAAGUAAUCAUGAAAUUGUUGUUCCGUGUCUCAAAAAAUUCUUCUUCUUUGGGGGCUCACAGAAACUCCACUUCAAGUGUACUCCACUUCUGGAGGUAGUUAGUAUUCUUAGUGUGCACGAAAAAGUAGAUAAGCCUGCAGAUAUGGUGGCUUUAUUUGCUACUCUCCCAGCACUCAAACGGGUUGCUAUUGACUUCAAAAUCUUGGAAGUAAGUUUGAUCGUUUCUCCUUUUACCAAUUCUUGCAAAAAGAUGGGUUUCUAGGUACUCAUUUGGGGUGUUUCUCUUAAUUAGUGCCUUGCUGCAGGCGUUGAUAAUCUCUCCACCGGGCUUCCUACUCCACUUCACCAGUUAAAAUUCCUCCACAUCUGUUACCUUGACUUGGGCUGCAGCUUGAAGAAGGCGCGUGAUUUUGUUUGUCUCAUCAUGAGUUCCCCCAAUUUGCUUGAGCUCACAAUUGAGCUGGACAGAAAGCAACUAAAUCAGCGUGCAAAUAAAGCUGCGACAUCAAGCAUAGGAACAUUGUUGAAAGCAGAAAGCGGUGAUGGAUCCGGUUGUUGUUUACAGCAUCUUAGAGUGUUCAGACUCGAGUUUUGCCAUGGUACACAGGUUGAGCUGGAACUCGUGAGAUUCGUACUAGCCACUGCCCCGCUACUUGGGAAGCUUUAUAUUACCCCUCAUCGCAAAUGGGGCCCCAACAAGGCCUCCAAGUUCAUGCAAGAGGUGAUGCAGUAUCAGCGUGUUUCUAAAGAAAUAAAGAUUAGAUAUAAGUGUUUCUGGGAUUGUGACCCACCCUCGUAAUCAGCUUCCCUAGAAAAUAUCACUUUCGCCAUUGUAACAGUGGUUGAGAGAUGUAAUGGAUGUCUGUUGUAGCCUAGUAUAGAUCUUCCAGAUUCUAUGUUUCUCUUCUCUUGUGUAAUUCACUUCCUAUUUGUUUUCCGCUGGGAAGAUCUGUUGAGAGCACCAGUUUGGAAGCUCGGGUGUAGGGCUGACCGUCUUAUUUCUUGAAAACUCGUUUCGUUCUUCGUCUCGAUGGAUUGAGACCAUAACCCACUUCUGUAACACACUUGCCUCAUAUGAGAGUUUCAUCAAGGCCAG